AUGACAGUGGUUAAUAGAAAAUGUCAAGUUGUCAUUUUGCCUCUUUACAAAACUAAAUUUCCAAAAACACAGUGACCAAAGAAACAAAUUAUUAUUUUUUUUUUUAGGCAAACAAUCCUAUUUGUUCUCACCAAAAGCCCACAAACUUCUUUCAUGCACUGUUGUACACCCAACCUACCCUCACCAUCUUCCUGGCGCAAUCACCACUUUUCUCUGCAAACUCACACUCCCUCGUUCCACAGUCUCCUCCUUUUAUUUCUCUCAUUAUCACCACCACCACCGCCUCUUCCUCUCCUCUAACCCUCAACACCACCACUACCACCAAAACUGUCUGCCACUCCACCUACCACCACUACUCCCAUUGUGUGCCAAACAGAACAAAGUACACCAGCAUUUAUAACACACCCUGAAAUUUUAAUUCAACAGUCAAAAACAUAUCUCAUUUGUGAAGAACAUAAGGCCUAUGAUUAUGAAUAUUAUUUACAAAUACGUCAUUGCUACAUCAUUGUGAAAGCAGAUUCUUUAUAAAUUAUUGAUGGUGUAAAAACAUUUUAUAUGUUUUUUAAGUCCCUUGAUACCGUUUUAGGAUUCACAAUGGUGUCAAAUUCAUAUGCUUGUUAGGGUAGGUCAAUAAACUUCUUAAAGUUACAACUGCACUUUACUAGGUAUUGACAUCAUCAAGUUUGCUAUUACAUUAAGUCAUAUAUUGCAUGUAUUUAUCACCCUAAAAGAUGAUAGAUAAUUGCUGAUGUUAAAAGCUUGGCACUUGAUUUUCUUCAUAUUUUCUUUUAGUUAGGACACCAUUUUACCUUGCUUUUCAAAUAAGAGGUAUUAGAGAAUAAUAAGUAAAUGAAGGAAUAUCAAUUUGCUCUUGUGUUUCACACUUGCUUCCUAUUGUCAGGGCCAAAAGGACAGCUUCUCAUGUUUAGUGAGAACUUUAACAAUAUUUAACACCUGAGAGUCAUCGACAACUACAUAUUAACAGAAAUGCUAUGCACCUAGAAAAAAAAAAUGCUCAGAAUUUGAGUUUAUGAUUCAGAUUUUAAUUAUUAAGUAUUUUUUAUGAGUUCAUAACAUUGCUGAUAUGAUUAAUCACAAAACUGUUUACAUUGUUGUCUAGGAAUACAGUUUCUUCUCAGCCAGCGGUGCAAUUCAAUAGUAAGAACUUGAUGUGCAGCUCAUGAGGUCGGGAUUUUGGGUUCCAAAUCCCCUUAGAUGAUAAUUGUUGUGAAAAAACAAAACAAAUUUUUAUAUAUAAAAAUUAAAAAACAAAUAAAAAAAGUUUCUAUCUUUUUGGGUAAUGUUUGUACAUGGUGUGUAACUUUGCUAAUGGAUUAAGCAAAGCAUUGUACCAUUUUGUUUACUUUAACAAAGUAUAACCAGCUCACAGAAUAAGAAAUGCCCUGCCAAAGAUUCUUUCAAGUUCAAUACACAGUUUUAGCAAAGUAGACCAUUCUUUUAAGUCUGUUGAGCAAAGAACAAGUACUUUUGCAUGCAAAGAAAAUCAGAUGUAGGGUAAAUUGUUGUCACAUUUACAGUAAAUUACAAUUGCUAACAUGACUCAAUUAUCAUUAGCAGGUAACAGCUACUCUUGGACAGUUAUAAUCACUAUCAUUACCAAACUCUUGUAGUUCCACUCAAAAAAGCCUCUCAUACAGCUUCCCCAAAAAACAAAAAUAUUAGGUGCACAAAAUACUAGGUUUGGCAAUGUCAUGUGUGCCGGCUCAGCUCACAUAAGUGAGGGUUUUGAUCUAAUAGCUUGAAUGUGAGACAUCCAACGGAUAGAAAUAAGUAAUAGUCUGGGCAUGCCAAAAUGACAUUUGCACUAAAAAAGUGCAUUUUGACACUGUAGCAGAUCAAAUUAUAAUUUUAACAGUGUUGUUUUGACAAUAACCACAUGAGUUAGUCCAAGAACCUACACAUUUGAAACCAAUAAGUCAUGUAUAAAACUUUUACUCAUCUGCAAAACCAGUGAUUGUGUCCACUUUGACUUCUCCUAUAUAUUCAUGCAAAAUAUGAACUCUCUCUUGUAAAACUCUCUCUCUCUCUCUCUCUCUCUCUCUCUCUCUCUCAUCAUGGCCAAAUGUGAGAAGCAUAAAACUAACAGAGACUUGUAUGAAGCUCUGAUGGGAGGAGAUGGGAAUAAGGUAAUUAAACUUUGUAAACAAAUUCCAGAAGGGCCAUUACACAUACUAACCAUACACAAUAACACUGUCUUACAUAUGGCUGUUUACUCCAAACAAAGAGAUUUAGUGCGUGAUUUACUCGAAGAAUUGCACAAUGGAGAUAUCAACAACAUGACUGUACAAAAUGAUAUUGGAAACACUAUACUCCACAAGGCGGCCACUUCUAAUAGAAUAGUCCUAGCCACAAAAGAAAUAUUACAGAAAGCACCAAAGCUGUUGAGUAUGCACAACAGGAGGGGAGAAACUGCUCUCUUCCACACAGCACACUAUGGAAAGUUGGAAAUGUUCAAGUUUCUUGACGAUGAAGUGAAGAGAAUCUUUGGAAGUGAAGGAGAAGAAGAAGUUGAAGAAGGACACAAAGUGUUUUAUCAAAUGGACGAUAAAACCACCAAACUUCACAUUUCCAUCCUCACCGAGCACUUUGAUUUGGCACUUCUGAUUGCAACAGAGCACGAAUAUUAGUUGGCAUAAAAGAUGGAGAUGGGAUGACUGCUCUUCAACUUCUCGCAUACAAUCCAUCAGCAUUUGAAGAUGGAAGUAAACAAAGUUGCGUCAAGCGACUCAUCCACUCUUGUAUGAUACUUCCCCUUAGACUUGCUGAUGAAACCAACUAAACUUAACCUUGUUGAUAUGACCUUCUUGGGAACAAAUAAACCAUUAUAUUAAUUGUAUUCUUCACAUGUCGAAAGAGGCAAUACAAUACUUCUCUUAGUUA